CGGUCCUUAUUGAUAACUAAGAGGAAAAUUUUGGAGUAUACUGAAAGCCUAAUCCCAGAACGACCUGCGACCAAAGGAAACUAUUGGCUCAAACCCCAAAAUAAAAUCUGUUUGCUUAGGAAAGCUUUUCAUAGGAUCAAUUUUUCUGUAGCAGUUCUCAAAGAGUCGGUGGGGCUCAACUGGAGCGACAAAAUUUCCAAAAAAAACUCGUAGCGAGUUUCGUUGCUCUACGAUUAACAACGAGAGCAGAGGGAUGGGGUCCUUUGCAUCGAUGCGCGAGCCACUUGCUCCAACUCUUUCCUGAUUCCCUCCAAAAACUUGCUCAGUAUUUCUCCUCUUAUCAGCAGGGGUUGUUGCCCUUCCACACCUCUAGUAGCCGUGGCAGGCCUUGCACAAGCGUUCAUGGCUGCCGCUCAAACCUCAACCUCUAUCGUCUUGUCAUGGGGCUCUGGUGAAGAUGGGCAGUUGGGUAUUGGAAACUCGGAGGAGAAGGAUUGGGUUUGCUCUGUUAGUGCUCUUGAAGGUCAAGGCGUCUGUGGUGUUGUUGCUGGUAGUAGAAAUUCACUGGCAAUCUGCGAUGAUGGGAGGUUGUUUACUUGGGGAUGGAACCAAAGAGGCACGUUAGGCCACGACUCUGAUGCGCAGUCUGCCGAAUCCAAAACCAAAGACACACCCAUUCAGGUCAAAGCAUUGGGGCAUGCGAGCAUUGUGCAGGCUGCGAUUGGGGGAUGGCACUGCUUGGCCGUUGAUGAUCAAGGCCGUGCGUACGCUUGGGGUGGGAAUGAGUAUGGGCAGUGUGGUGAGGAGCCUAUUCUGAAGGAUGAUAAUACCCGAGCUCUCAGGAAAAAAGUUGUCAUCCCACAACGAUGUGCUCCCAAGCUUUCCGUUCGACAGGUGGCUGCCGGAGGUACACAUUCUGUCGUGCUCACAAAUGACGGGCAUGUUUGGACAUGGGGCCAACCUUGGCCACCAGGUGAUAUAAAGCAGAUUUCAACUCCUGUACGAGUUCAAGGCCUAGAGAAGGUCAGGCUUAUUGCUGUUGGUGCAUUUCAUAAUCUAGCUCUUCUCGAGGAUGGAGUGUUGUGGGCAUGGGGUAAUAAUGAGUACGGUCAGCUGGGAACUGCAGAUACCCAGCCAAGAUCACAGCCUAUUCCUGUUGAGGGUCUCUCAGGGCUCACCUUGGCUGACAUUGCUGCUGGAGGAUGGCAUUCUACUGCGUUGACUGAUGAUGGAGAGGUUUAUGCAUGGGGGCGAGGUGAGCAUGGUAGGCUUGGCUUUGGUGAUGACAAGAGCAGCAAAAUGGUUCCUCAGAAAGUGAAUCUUCUCUCUGGCUUGGGGAUUGCUCAGAUUUCAUGUGGAGGAACUCAUUCCGUUGCUCGAACCCGUGAUGGUCGUAUGUUCUCGUUUGGACGAGGAGAUCAUGGACGUCUGGGUUAUGGUCGUAAAGUGACAACUGGUCAACCGAUGGAGGUUCCAAUAGGCCUUCCGCCACCAAAGGGACUUGAAGAUACAGAAGGGCGCUGGUUCGUGGAACAGGUUGCCUGUGGUGGGCGACACACGCUUGCAAUUGCCUCAUGGAUCAGUGAGCCACAGUAGUUGAUAUCUGGUUCAUGUUUGAUAAUAAGUUUCCAUAUGAUGAUAAUUAGGGAACGGAAAGGAAUGCAUUAGAAUUGAUAAUAUGGAAAAGAAAAAAGGGGAACUUCAAUUGUAAUAAAGUUAUAAAAGCAAGAUAAAAACUCAAUUAAUCGAAAAUUUUACUGUA